AUGGCGAACUCCAAAUUUGAAUAUGUUCGAAAUUUCGAGCAGCCAGACCCCCUCCUGCCCAACACAUGGAUCGUAGUUCGCAUAGAUGGCAGAGGAUUCACCAAGAUGUGUGCCAAAUAUGAAUUCGAAAAGCCAAAUGACCGGAGAGCACUCGAUCUUAUGAAUGCGGCGGCCAAGGCGGUGGUGACUGACAUACCUGAGAUCACUAUUGCAUACGGAGUCAGCGACGAAUACAGUUUUGUUUUUCACAAGUCCUGCAACCUCUUCGAGAGGAGAGCGAGCAAACUCGUCACCACAAUUGUCUCUACAUUCACAGCAAACUAUGUUUAUUUAUGGCCGACAUACUUUCCAGAUACCCCUCUCUCAUUUCCUCUCCCGACCUUUGACGGCCGAGCUGUCUGCUACCCGACGGUACAGAAUCUCCGUGAUUACAUGAGUUGGAGGCAAGCCGAUUGCCAUAUAAACAAUUUGUAUAACACGGCCUUCUGGAAAUUGAUACAGCUUGGAGGCCUUGACAACAAAGAGGCAGAGAAAACGCUUGCAGGAACGCUGGCGGCUGAUAAAAAUGAAAUCCUGUUUUCUCGAUUUCAAAUUAAUUAUAACAACGAACCAGAAAUCUUCAAAAAAGGAAGCAUCGUGUUCAGAGAUUAUGAGCUGGCCGAACCGAGCAGUCACAAUGCGGCCGCAGCAGCAGACGCCCUUGCGGAGCCGGUAGUGCAAUCAAAAUCACAAGCCGAAAAGGAUAAGAAGCGCCGAGCCAAGGCAAAAGUGGUGGUGGAACACUUAGACAUCAUCAAGGAUGAAUUUUGGGAUAGACGGCCCUGGAUCUUGUCCGGCAAGCCGGGUCAGCCUGGCAAGGCGUCCAAAGAAAUACAAACUUGA